AUGCCUCUUCUGGCCAUCGUAAUCCCUGUGGUUUGCCACUUUCUCUCGCUCGUACCUUCCGCUAAAACGUUGCAGAAUUUGCCCAAUUGUGAGGACUCUCGCGCUCUCCCAUCAUAUAUUCAAGAACCUCUAUUUGUGGAAAUUGACAUAGCUAAAGGACAGAACCCAAGCAUGGCCUACGACUGCGAACUGGAUGUUCGUGCACUGAAUUUCCUAAGAGGUCGCGAAAGCGAAGCUGAAGGAAUCACGUAUACUGAGUUCUUUAGAGAAAGUGUGCACUACAAAAUAUUGGCUCAAGAAGCUGCUCAAAAUUGGACUCAAAAGUUGCAGCAGAUGGGUGAAAAGAAGAAAUUCGGCUGUAACUUGAUAGAGGAUCCCCUUGGCUGGUACAGAGUUGGUUGUCUUUACGAGUGA